AUGUCACUGCGCGGUGGCCGCGGGCUGGCGGCCAUCUCCCCUCUGCCCUCCCCGGGCACAGCCGCGCUCACGCCGCUGUCACUGGAUAGGGCUGACCCGGCGGUCCCGGACAGGUACCAGGACACCCCUCAGAGGGGACGCGGGGCGCUGCCCCUCCCGCGGCUGUGGCACACGCUGUCCCCGGAGCCGCUGGCCUCGGACUGCCCCGGGGACUCGGUGUCCUCGCAGCCCACGGAUACAGGUGAGGGACUGCGGCUGCUCCGCCCCACAGCCGUCCCCAACCGCUGCUGGCUCUGGGGUCGUGCCGAAGGUGUGGGAGGGGGGUCCGAGGGGCUCGAGGCUUUUUGGGGAGUGAUGGGCAGGAGCCCGUGCCUGCGGUCCCUGGGGCUCGGCCAGGAGCCGCUCCGCUGGGGACCCUGCUCGGGCUUCCAGAAAAUGAUGCCGAACUCUGGGAGACGUCUCAAAGACAGGAAGCUCCUUGGCCCGAGGAUGCACUCCUUGCCGGAGGGCUUUGGCCCCAAAAAGCUGCAGAGGCCAGGCCAGCGGGACCGGCUGCCCGCCGGCCAUGGGGCUGCCAGGAGCAACCUUCUUGCCAAGAGCCCUUCCCGAGCCCUUCCCGCACACCAGAACUGCUGGCAGCAGCACGGGCUCUCCCCACAGCGUGCGGGGAAGCGCAGCCAGUGCCGGCAGCUCUUCCGCUCGUCCUGGCUGCCCGGCAGUGUCCCCAGGCCCGUCCUGAAGCGGGGACGGCCCUCGCACAGGGGCACCCCUGUCAAGGCUAAGAAGCAGAAGAGGGUGUCUGGCAGUCCUGACCAGGAGGCGUCGGUGCAGUUGGGAGUGGGGCUGGAGCCUUCCAGAUCCGCCCAGCUUGAGGAGAUGGAGAAAGUGCUGGCCAGCGAUGAGCAGGAGCUCAUUGGGGACUUCUCCAUGCCUCACCUCCUGCCGACGGUGGAAGGGAAGGACCCAAGCCUGAAGUACAUCUCCCCUGGCACGCUGGUGGCAGUGCUGACGGGGCACUUCAGCAGCUUCCUCGAGAGCAGCAUCGUGGUGGACUGCCGGUACCCCUACGAAUACGAGGGGGGCCACAUCACGGGUGCUGUCAACCUGCCGCUGCAGCGGGAUGUGGAGGAAUUCCUGCUGGAGCAGCCCAGUGUGGCGCUGGACAGCAGCAAGAGGGUGAUCGUCAUCUUCCACUGCGAGUUCUCUGUUGAAAGGGGCCCCAAAAUGUGCAAGUUCCUGCGGGAGAGGGAUCGGUCCUGCCACGAGUACCCGCAGCUGCAGUACCCUGAGCUCUACGUCUUGAACGGGGGGUACCGCGAGUUCUUCUUCCAGUUCCCGAGCCACUGCGAGCCCCGGGACUAUCGGCCCAUGGCGCACCCGGCGUUCAAGGAGGAGCUGCGCAAAUUCCGCGGGCAGAGCCGGCGCGGCCGGCGGGAGCUCUUGGUCCGCGGGCGGGACCUGUGA